CCAGAGGCGUGUUUUAGCAGGAUACCGGCUGAUCUGGAGGGUUGGUGUAAUAUGAGCGCAAGGAGUUGAAUUUUUUUCCAAGGCGAUUGUGGUGUCGGCCGUUUCCAGGAAUCAGUUUCUGCUCGCAGUCGUUUCUGAAACUGCCGAAGCACUCGGAGAUGGCUGAACAUAUCAUGAUGUCGGUGAAUCCAGGGCGGUUUUCCGACGGCUCCAAUGGACUUCAAAGCUACCGGAUGGGUUUAAACGGACUGCAGGGCCCGCAGCUCGCACAGCCGGGGCUGAGGAGAGAUCACACGGGCAGCCAGCUCUUGCACUACGGCGGGGCCAGUAUGGACAGCAGCGCGGUGGUCAGAUCGCGUCCCGGCUUGGCUAACAUGGCAGGGCAGAUGGGGCACCACCACCAGAUACCAGCCAACGUGAUGUACAGCAGCCAGCAGCAGCAACAACAGCAACAGUUUCUGGACAGUCUCAGCCCACAGCAGCUGAUGGCCACGGUGCACCUGCAGAAACUCAACAACCAGUAUCACGGGCACCCGCUGAUGGCAAUGAACAACGGCCUGGCUCAGGCUGGGCCACAGUACCGCGGCUCGCUGCCUCCGUCUCAGCACCCCUCUCUCCCGCACGUUGCCUCCCCGGCCCUCUCCUUGAACGUUAUGGACACCGACCUGAUCGACGAGGACGUGUUGACGUCUCUCGUGUUGGAACUGGGGUUAGACCACAUUCAAGAACUGCCCGAACUGUGGCUGGGACAAAACGAGUUCGAUUUCAUUUCCGACUUUGUUAACAAGCAGCAUCAGAGUACAGUCAGCUGCUGAGAGAGGGAGACACACACACACACACACACACACACACCACCAAAAACACACACACACACCACCAAACACACACACACACACCACCAAACACACACACACACACCACCAAAAACACAUACACACACACAGUGGGACAGCGAGUUUUCAACUACAUGGACACAAAAAAAAACACUUUCAAAAACAAUUAUAUAUCGCCGGUUACAAACAUCGGGAAUUUUGCACUGCAAAUGGUCGCCGGUUUCUCCGGAGAGUCAGUGUGUGGCAAACCGCAGAGAAACAUCAAGCCCUUUGUGAAUUUUGUCCCCGCCCCCCUCUCUCUGCCUGUGUUUUGUUCCUUGAAGUUUGCUUAAACCACGCACGCCUCGUGGAAAACACGUUUAAAAAAAAAAAAAAAUCCGCAUCAAAAUAUCCCUAACCCCUCUCUCUCUCUCCAAGAUCGGUAGAAGAUUUGUUAGCCUGCCUUUGCAAUCCUCAAAAGGUUUCAUUACAAAAGGUACUUUGGUGGGAAAUGCAGUCUCGACGUUUGCAUUCAAACUCAUCAUCUUUUAAUUGAUUUUCUUUCUUUUUUUAAACAAAAACAAAAAACCCCCAGCUCUGACCUUCUGCAAUGAUGGCGCGUGGGUUAUUAAGAAUAUUUUGGUUUGGAUAAGACCAUAAGGGGAUUUGUUUAUUGAGAGUUAACAGCGAUCAACAGUCACAGGGGGAAACUUGAGACUCGUCAGAACUUUCACCCUUGUUCAGCCCUAAUAUUGGAAACUUUUUGAAACUGCAGCAACGUGGGACAUUAAAUGUAUUUGUGUGUGUGUGCGUGUGUGUUUAAAAAAAAAAAAUAUUUUUAAAGAUAGUUUCAGAGAGGGGUUGUACCUCCGGAGCUGUUUAUGACUGAUGCAAUCGUGUAUAAUUUUAACUAUUACGAACAAGACCAAUAUAAAAUAGAAUUGUACUUUCUGUCUCUUGUUAGGUAUUUUGUUUUCUUUUUGGGAUUGCUUACAUUUUGUCUACGACCGGUUGCGACCGCCACCUCCUGUUCGAGUUAGUGAACCACAGCUCCCCAUUGUGGAUCAAUGAGGCGAGACUUUUAAAA